AUGUGUCUGAUGUCGCCAGGAACGACCCUUCUUUGUGUUUUCAGUAUUCUGGUCGCUUUGUGUGGAGGUUUGGACCUUGAAGAUGCUGGUAAGUGAAUUCAGCUGGCCGAAGCAUGUUUACAAUCUUCAGACCCAAAAGCGCGUUUUUUGACACUGCUCUAAAAGGCUUUCUGUUUCAGCAGAGUACCUCACUUCGGGCUCAGAAUUGUGCUGUUUUUGAUUUCUGUGUACUCGUGCUAGGUAGAAAAUGGAUCUGUUGGUAGUUCUACAGCUUGUUUACUUGAGAGUCGGUGUUUUUUUUCCAGUUCGUUUAAACACCACGGGAAGCGAAUUGUAACACAAAGUUAAGCUCAAACAGUUUCAGCAACAGAGAUGAUAUUGAAAAUUCUUCGUGUUUUUGUCGCUUGAAACAAUAAGUUAAACAAGAAUAAGUGUAAAAGGUGAUAACUUUAUCUUUUUCUGACUAAUUUGCAAUAUUAAAGCACCGAGAGUUUUCUUUUGCGGCUCUCUACCUAGGCAAUGACAAACCAUGCGCCAUAUUGCAAAUAUUCACAGCAACAAAUUUGUGCGAAGAUUUGCAUUGCUUUUGCAAAACGUUUUGUCUUCGUACAGUCUUUCCACGUUUAAUUUUCUUUCGUUUACCUAUCGGGUACUGUGCUAGGGAAUGUGAACUGGAUUUCGAUCCUAUUUGACAAAGUAAAGUAGGUUGUCGCCAAACAAUGUCUUUUAUGUAUCUUCGGUUUCUUGUCAUAAAUUUUGCGAAACCUUCUUUUCUGUUGAAACAAUGCAUUCACGGGAUAUAGAACAUACUAAAAUACUUAUUUACGCCUUAGAUUUGCCGAAAGGUUUUCUCAGUUUGUUGGUUUUUUUAUGGGGCACAUGUAUGUAAAAUACUUUCAGAUAUCGACUUUUCGAGAUUUAGAUUACUUUGUAAUUUGCAUGCGUAACGACGCAGUUGGAAAGUUUAUUAAGCUUUCAUAACAGAAAUGCUUUCCUAGCUCGAUUGACUAAUUUUCACUUAAUCUGAUGUUUAAAUGCCUCCCAUUCCAAAUUUCAUCGAUGAAUGAUUCAUUUUCUUUCCUCUUUAUCUGUCAUUUUUAUUAAAGAACUUUAAAUACCAGCGUCAAACUAUUCGUUUCGACUGUUUUCGUCAUUUUUGCACAAAUCAUAAGUGUUUAUAUGUGCAAAUUAAAGUCAGACUACUUUUUAUUCAAGUAUUCAAGAAAAAACAAUAUCCGAUUAACUCCCAGACGAGGAAACUCGGUUAGUUGAAAUGUGGAAACAUGAUACAGCCAAACUAAAAAAGUACCCUGUCCAAUAUCUGGAAUUAGGAAACUCUUAGUUUCUCUUUGCUGGGGAAUUUUUUACAGUUACGCAAAGGAACAAAUUUAAUGCUGGGCUGUCAUUUUCAUUUGUGUCCCAAACGUUCUUCCUAAGAAUCGAACCUAAUAUUGUCAAAACGAUGUUAAAACGUAAGCUUUUAAAUGUUACAUGUUUGCAUGUACAUCAUCUUCUUGUUACAGUAAAUAUGGUAUAGAAUUUAGCUUUUUCAAAUUUUUCAACUUUUUUCUUUUGCCAAUGACGUGAUCCCCUAUAAACUGACAUACUAUGUCAUCUUCCCUCUUCAUAUCUACACCCUUUUUUGGGGGUCUUUCCGUAUAGUCAAAAAUAGCACUUAAAACGUAAAACCAUUUUUAACCAAAUGCAGCUAUCUAGUAUUUAAUGUACCAUGUCUCUUGCAAACAACCCUGUCCGUUGGUAAAACACUUGGACAUUGUAAGAAUUGAGAAUUAAUUGAUGCUUCAGGGUCUAUUUGGGUUGUACCCAGCCAUUAUUUUUAGCAUAUAAUAUAGUCAAGAUCCAAGUGUUCCUUUCCGCUUGACUUGGUCUUUUCAAUUUGAUUUUCAAAUAGCACUCCCUUUUAUUAGCCAAGCUUGAAAUUUAUUAAACAAGUUUUAUAGAAUCAAAUAUAUGGCUCUUGGUUUUUCAUUGCUGGUGAAUUUUUUUACAGUGGCAUGGUGUGGCAAAGUGCAAGAUUAGGCCUUUGGGUUAAUCCUUGAGCAUAAAAAAUAAAAUGUAAAUUCUCAGACAGUCGCUAGCAAAUCAAUGCUCACAUCUCAAGGCUUGAACAUUGAAAAUCGUAAGCUCAUUAAAUAUUUGUCUUCUGUACUCAAAACUCUUAGGAAGUGAAACUCUACUUGAGAAUAAUUAAUUUGAAAUUAUGAACAUAUGAAAAUCACGGUUGGUCGUGGUCGCUGAAUCUGUUCGUUUCAAACCUGUGAAAGGAUGAUGAUGAAAUUAUGAAUAUAUUAAAAUCAUAUAUGUGAACUGGGGAACCAAUUCAACGACCUGCUCCCAGUUGGCUUGUUAGCUUAAUUGGUACAGCGCUGCACUGGUAUUGCAGAGGACAAGGCUUCGAAUCCUGUACAAGCCUGAAUUUUCUUCAGGCUUUCUUUUCGCAGCUGCAUAAGUUGCAUAUACAACUUCGAUGAUCUUCCUUCAAAUAAUAAUUAUUUUAUUUUCCCAAGUAAAAACAAGUCAAGAGAGUUUUGAACUAAGAAAAUAAAUGAGCUUUUUGCUUAAUAGCAUUCAGGCUGUGCAUACAAGUGCUAUUUAUUUCAAAAGUUGCCAUCUUCACUACUUGACGAUUGAAAACAAUUACUAAAAGCCAUUCUGAAACUCUUGGACAGUGUUAAAUGUUAAUUCUCAUGACCUCUUUGACUGAUUAAGCAUCAAUAUUAUUGGUGAGAGAAAUGUCACUGAUUUUGAGAAGGCUAAUGACUGAUGUUGAUGUGGUUUCAAUGACCCUUUAUCUCACGUACUGUAUGUAACUUCCACAGGGUUUGACUUUGUACAAAAUGAGUACGCUCGCGCCCUCACUGAGUAUCAUGCUGUUAACAAGACUGUAAUGCACAUCAGGGCUGCUGGCUGCCGCAAACAACCAGUCACAUAUACAAUCACCGAACCCGACACACCUUUCAGAAUUGAUGAAAAAGGCCACAUUUGGCUUGAUAAGCCUCUGAACUCUGAAAAAGUGAAGUCAUAUGUUCUGCAUGUGAAGGCUGUGUGUGGAAAUGGCGAGAAGAAAGUUGCAAAUACUGUGGUACACUUUAAUGUGAUCAACAUGAACAAACAUGCGCCGCAGUUCGAAUUUGAAAAGUACAGGUGUGAUAUAGUUGAGAACACCCGUGAAAUGCGCUUUAACCCUACAUUGAGAGUCCUGGAUGCCGAUCGUGGAGAAGCUGGCAGAAUAAAGAAUGUAACAAUUGUUGAAUCUGGUCUUCCUUUUGUUUUCAUGGUUGAUGAGAAUGGAGUUGUUACUGGGAAAGCAACUCAAGACAUGGAUGCAGAGGACAUCACCAAUUACUUCUUUGACAUUAUUGCUUGGGAUAAUGGACACCCUUCUAAAUCAUCUUUCCCCGUGAGCUUGGAAUGUGAAGUGGAUGAUGUGAACGAGUUUCCACCACAGUUUAUGAAAGACAGCUACCAAGCAACCAUCCAGCGUGGGAGGACUUACGACAAUAUCUUACAGGUACAUGUACAAACUAUUUUGUUAUUUUGCAAGUUUUAUGUUAGAGGUGCAAGGGAAGAUCAAGAAGGAUGAAUAGUAUCAUUUCCACUUAUGUACCUAACUUUGUCUCUCCAAUUUUUUUUUACAAAGUAUCGGUAACUACAUUGACUUGGAUCUGUGAAAUUUCUCUUUGGCAAUCAUAGGUUGCACAUGUGUAGGGUACCCACAGAGUGCAGUAAGCCAAUCAAGCCGUUAUCAGUUUGUUGUAUGAAUCCCUCAUUACUUCGUUUUAAGAUAAUCUUUUUGCUUGACUGCAAUAUUUUUUUUUUGCAGACACUCAGUCGCCACUGGCUACAAUUUAUUUACCUAUGCCUACAGAUAAACUGGUUAAGUGGAAAUUCAACAAUGUUGUUAUUAACAUAUCUUUUUCAUUUCACUCUUCUAGAUUCUUGCUGAAGACAAAGAUAUGGGCUUGGUCAAUGGUCGUGUAUGCAAGUAUAUCGUCGAAGGUUUCAAUUUGCCUUUCAAGGUGAGUGAGCAAGGUGUUGUUAGCCUGGACGAGCCACUGGGACCAGAUGCUUAUGAUACGUAUGAUUUUCAAGUGGAUGCUGUGGACUGUAGUGGAAUGAUGUCAUUGAAAAGUGCGAAGAUAUCCAUUACCGUGAAGACACCUUGCCAUGCAGGUAGGUUAUAGCCAACAGGUUUGCAAGUCGUGAUUCACCAAUCACUGAGACUCUGUAUGCAACAUUAGUCGUGCAAUGAUGAUGCUUAUUAAGCCUUAUAAUACUUUUUUGAUUCUCUUGUUUCCUUCGUCAUUGUUUUUGUUCAAGCUCACUAGUAGCAUUACCACUCAAAACAAUUCUUGAUACAUGUAUGUGACAAUUGUCAAAAAACCAACUAUUUGAUGGACAAUGCGUGAUAAAGAAUAAUGACAUCCACAGAUACCCAUGGAGAGGGCUCUACAGCAUACCACAGAGAAACUGCUGAAUACUUUCUUUAUUGCACUUUCUCUGACCCCCAUCUCCAACCCAUUCCUUCUCUUGUUGAGAAGCUAUUUCAUCUAAAAUAGAAGUAUCAGUAUCAUUAUGCAUACAGGAUGAAAAAUUAACACUUUUUGUUCAUGUCUCUAAACUAAUUUUAGUUCAUAUGUUGUACACUGUACUGUUAUAUUGUAAUAGUAACAUCAUACGAACUUCCACUCCAACCUUAUUUAUAGGUGGUGAAUAAUUUUUGAUUUUCUGCCUACAUACUAAUACAGUGGAACCUUGAUAACUCAAACUCCCGGCUAACUCGAACUAAGUCCAAUUGCCUUUGGAUUUCACUCACUUUUCCGCCAUUUUUACUCGGUUAACUCAAAUUUCUUGGUAACUCAAAUUCACUUUUCUUUCCUUGAUCAAAAAUUCACUGAAAUUUACCCCGAUAACUCAAAUUCUGGUUCUUGUAACUCCACUCGAGUGCCAUCCCAUUAGCUCUUCUUGUUGUAUAAGGGUAAAAACACUAAAACUAACUCAGUCAACAAUGCUACGGCAAUUUAUUUUAAUUAGUGCAAUGAACGGAUCAUGUUUUAUCAUAAAAAUGGUUAAUCAUUUUACCGUUUCUUACAAAAUAAUUUAGAUUUGCAUUGCACUAUACACUGAAGUGCUGAAAAAUCAGUAACUAUCAAUUUUUAACGUGGCAAAUUAAAUUUUACAAUGACCGCGAUAACUCAAACUGUUUUUCGUUUCCCUUCAGAGUUUGAGUCACUGGGGUUCUACUGUAGUUCCUUUUGGUCAUUAAUUAUUAAUGUUAGAAGUCUAGAUUUUUGUCUGUUAUGGUGUUGGAGAGGAUGCAGGAAAUGAUAAAAAUAAUUCUAAUGUUUUAAAAAAUAUUGCUCACUCCAUUCCUUAGUUCUUUACCAAUAAUUAAACCUUGAAUCCAUUGAAUAACUUAUAAUGAAAUGAGUUUAUUUCUAUGUAUUUGCUAUUUUAAAAAAAAAGUGUCAACUUGGAUCCAAAACUGUUGAUAUCCAUUUGGAAAUGAUAAUUUUGUUGUUGUCACAUGUAAGCUGCCUCCCUUAGCUUAUAGGCUGGCACAUCAGUAUUUAUCUAUUUAUAUCUUGUUUGGUUAUGUUCUGUUUACAAUGAAAGUCAGAGUUUCGUAUUUUUUCUUGGCAUCAAAUAGAGUAUGUGUAUUACUAGCAACAAACACCUGCUAAACCAAGAACUACAUUCCUUUCCCAAGCUUANGCAUUGCACUAUACACUGAAGUGCUGAAAAAUCAGUAACUAUCAAUUUUUAACGUGGCAAAUUAAAUUUUACAAUGACCGCGAUAACUCAAACUGUUUUUCGUUUCCCUUCAGAGUUUGAGUCACUGGGGUUCUACUGUAGUUCCUUUUGGUCAUUAAUUAUUAAUGUUAGAAGUCUAGAUUUUUGUCUGUUAUGGUGUUGGAGAGGAUGCAGGAAAUGAUAAAAAUAAUUCUAAUGUUUUAAAAAAUAUUGCUCACUCCAUUCCUUAGUUCUUUACCAAUAAUUAAACCUUGAAUCCAUUGAAUAACUUAUAAUGAAAUGAGUUUAUUUCUAUGUAUUUGCUAUUUUAAAAAAAAAUUGUCAACUUGGAUCCAAAACUGUUGAUAUCCAUUUGGAAAUGAUAAUUUUGUUGUUGUCACAUGUAAGCUGCCUCCCUUAGCUUAUAGGCUGGCACAUCAGUAUUUAUCUAUUUAUAUCUUGUUUGGUUAUGUUCUGUUUACAAUGAAAGUCAGAGUUUCGUAUUUUUUCUUGGCAUCAAAUAGAGUAUGUGUAUUACUAGCAACAAACACCUGCUAAACCAAGAACUACAUUCCUUUCCCAAGCUUAGCCAAUCACAUUAUGCCUUCCAAAUUUUGGAGGGUUUACCUUGUCCACAGGGUAACGCGAUAAUUACUUGAUCUGCAUGAAACACUGAGAAAGCUUUAUGACCUCUAAUUACUCAGUCAGAUUUUAGAAUACUCUGAGCACUGCAUAACCUUAGCUAAGGAAAGAAAAGAAGGAAAAAGGUAACAAUGGGGUGAUGUUUUUACACUAUCCCAAGCUCAUGAGUUGUGUUUAACAUGUUAACACUUUAUUUCAAAACUGUUGAUUGGUCAUUAACCCCGCGAAUAAAACAACAGAAAAGGAAUGUUGUUCUCAGUUGAGCAGGCGUUUGUGGGGAGGGAAGAAAUAGAAGCUCCCUUAAAAAUGCCUGCGUGGGAGGCUAGUACAGGCGAGAUUGGUUCAAAAGGUAUUGUCCCAAUGCUGUGCUUUGCUUCAAGUUUCAUGUGAGAGAAGUGAUCAAAUAUUUUAUUAACCCUCUCACUGCCAGAGUGCUUGAUGGAGUUUUGUAAGUUGACUCUAACUUUUGAUUCUGCGGACCAAAUCCUAUGAUGUGACCAUUCAAAUGAAACCUCUUGGCCUGUACUUUCACAUGGUACUGUUUAUUUGGGAUAUAGUUCUAACUUUUGAGUCUGUGGACAAAAUCCUAUGAUGUGACCAUUCAAAUAAAAGCUCUCUGCCUGAACUCACACAUGGUGCUAUUUGUUUUUCAAAAUUUUACAAAAUGAAAUUUGCAAACUUACUCGAAUUUUGCCUUUGGCUUUAUUUGACAGUGAAAGGGUUAAUAUGAGUGAAAAAAGGUGCAAACAAGGGUGAUCAGAUUGGUUUCUAUGCAUUCCAUUAUUUAACUCGUUGUGGAAGUUUAAAGAAAUGCUGGCUACAUACACUUAAGUAUUGCGCAUGUGUAAUAUACAUUACAUGUAGGAUUACCGGCCCAUCUGGUCGCCCACAAUUAUUUUAGUAGUCUCACUGAGAGUAUACCGUAAAAUUCCGAAAAUAAUCCCCGGGGCUUAUAUUUUUCAAAGGCCUUUUUUGAGAGGCUUAUUUUUGGAGGGGCUUAUAUUCGGAGGGGCUUAUCUAUGGAGGGAAAUUUGCGUUUCAAAAUCGAGUGGACUAGCAUUACAGUUGAAAGGAAAUUUACCGUUUUUGCUUUGCUUUACUUUGUAUUUGAGGACAAUUUCCGAGUACAAGUGCCCUGGGGGCUUAUAUAUGGAGGGGCGAUUUUACGGACGGUUUUUUGCGUUACAAGUUUGGGGGGCUUAUAUUUGGAGGGGCUUAUACAUGGAGGGGCUUAUUUUCGGAAUUUUACGGUAUGAUUUUUCUUGUUGAAUUUGGGCUCAAUUUCAAACUAUUUAAACAAAUUCACUUGUUUGUUGUUGUGGUUUUUUUUACAGAGUUUGUUGGUCCUGCCAAACACGAGCUCACACUUCAACAAUGCACGGGAAAAGUGAUGGUUACUCCGGAUAUCAAACUGAAUGAUUGCGCCAGAAAGGAGAAAAAUGCCAACUUUUCUGCUCUUGUUUAUAUGGAGACACCUUCUGGGAUGGGCUGCGACAGAGAAACCUUUGAAGCAUCUGAUAUUUACACACUUUGCGGAGCAAGUGACUUUAUUGAUCUUCUUCCCAGACCUGGAACAGGCAGAGAAUGGACAAAGAAGUUGAAAGUAUUUACUAAAAAAUGGGGAGGCAAAGGUUAGUUUUUCANGCACGGGAAAAGUGAUGGUUACUCCAGAUAUCAAACUGAAUGAUUGCGCCAGAAAGGAGAAGAAUGCCAACUUUUCUGCUCUUGUUUAUAUGGAGACACCUUCUGGGAUGGGCUGCGACAGAGAAACCUUUGAAGCAUCUGAUAUUUACACACUUUGCGGAGCAAGUGACUUUAUUGAUCUUCUUCCCAGACCUGGAACAGGCAGAGAAUGGACAAAGAAGUUGAAAGUAUCUACUAAAAAAUGGGGAGGCAAAGGUUAGUUUUUCAGUAGACUAGUGAAACCUUUAUAAGCAAAUCCUGGCUGACAUCAAUGUGUACAUUUUGGCAUAUUAGCAUUCAAGUUUACCCUGUGCAGAAGAAAACGUGAAAAGAUUUAUUGUUGAUAACAGCUAAUUUUUAGCUGUAAUUGUUGUUUACUUUCAGAAAAGAAUGGCUACUUCUUUGAUGGUAAAACUUAUGUUGAAGUUCCCGACACUGCUGUGCCAGAGGACAUUGGUGAUAAGUUCACCAUCAGUACUUGGGUCAAGAUGGGUUUGUCAAAGGGUCGUCAGACCAUUGUUGCCAACACUGACAAGGAACGUCUUGACCGUGUCCACUUUUCCCUGUCAGUUUCUGGAAGCAAGCUUUUCUUUGUUCACAGACGGGAGGCAAUCCAUGCUAGCCGCAAUCUCUACUGCAAUGCGGAGUUCCAGUAUAAGCCAGUCAUCUUUGAUUUUCAAUGGCAUCACAUUGUUGUAGUUGCUGAUGGCUGCGCUGCCAAGUUGUUUAUUGAUGGAGUUCAUCAACCAUCAGUGGUGGUAACACCUGAUUGGACCCUUCACAAGUCAAAAUUGAGAAACAGGUUGACUGUUGGUGCUCGUUACCUGGCUAAGGAAGGAGUUUACAGCGAGUACUUCACAGGAUAUCUUUCUGGACUUGCAGUCAAACCCAACACCACUUUGGAUGAACAGGUUUGUUGUAUAUGUUACAGGUCAAAAUUAAAUUCAGGUUAAAAGUUUUUAACCUAGGUUGAUUGUCUCCUUAAGCCCUAGUUAUUGAUGAAUUAGGGCUUUGGUAUUUUCCUCAAAUCAACAGCCAAAUAAUAUUUGGUUUUCGAUUGUGAUGAGUAUGAACAUACUCAUGAUACAGUCAAGUGACUCCUUGUGUGACCUCCUCUCGUAAGCAGCCACCUAUAUCCAAAACACCCAAUUUUUUUCAGGCAAAGCCCUAUAAUUAGAACCUCUCAUAAGUGUCUGCAACCACUCUUUGGCCUGACAGUUUUAAAGUUUUCCACUGUUUUUAACCUCUUGUAAGCAACCGUUUGUUACAUGGGUUUUGGAUGGUGUGGUCUCUGUUCGUUGUAUGUACUAUGCCACGCAGAGACUUACGUGUACAAGGAAGGUUCAUGGAACUGCACAUAUACGUAACUUAGAAACUCCAAGUAAUAAGUUCUUUGCCAAAUAGUAGAUGGUUCUGGACCUUUUUUUGAAAAGACCCCCCUUUGGUACAAUUCUCAUAUAAGUAACCACCUCCUGUAAGCAGCGUGCAAAGAAAGUAGUGUCUGAUAGUCCAGGGCCAGUGGAUUUUGCUAUUGAGCUAGAUAAUUCUGUUUUUAACUUGCUCGACGGGCAGGUGAUGUUUUUUGAGGAAUUCAAUUAACAGAAGAACUGUGAAAUCAAUUCUGCUCAUCAAAAAGCUUUUGGAGCUAGUUGAACUGACAUCUGGGCUAGUAAAUGCUAGCUUCAGCUUGCCCGAAUGGCAAGCUGUAAAAAUGAUUUUCUUUGCACCCUGUGUAAGCAACCCAAGUAAUGACCAAUCAUUAAUGUGCCAUCAUCAUAUCAUUUCCCUAGUCUGUGCUCUCUUUGACCACAGCUUUUGACAAAUCAGCAUGCAAAAAGUCGCUCUGUUUUUGAACCGAGCAUUUUUUUUUAUCUGCCUCAGAUUCUGCAUUGUGUGGUUGGAUGCAAAGAGCAUGUAAAAGUUGACGGUCCAGUACCAGGAAAGUUCUCUGCAGAAACCAUUGAUUUUGCAACCAUCAGAAUCUCUGGCAUGGGAGCGCCAGAUGACUUUGUUAAGGCAUUGCAGCAUAUCGUGUACAUUAACGAGCGCUUGGUACCCACACCUGGAAAAAGAUCUGUGAUGAUCAUGGCCACGUUCAAUGCGACUCCCCUUCAGACGGUCAAUGUUGACAUCAAUGUUGCAGGUAACACUAGGCCAGUGAUAGUAGUACAAGGCCUGGAUGCUGACAUUGGCUUAAACUGGAUGAAGAGGAAUGUCUUGCGAGAAAAGGGGCAGCGGAUCUUUGAAACCCUAGAAAUUACUUAUGAGGGCUGCGAGAAGGAAGAGGAUUCACCUGUGGACAAAGCGCGACUUUUGGAUAUGGCAAUUGUGAGAGUUGACCCUCCGUUUAAGAAGGAAGAAAGCUUUAACUUUCCUCACGGCAUCAAAGGUUUGAAGGAAAAGGGAUUGAGUGUUAGUUUCAACAAACAAGAGCUGGUUAUCAGAGGCAUUGCCCACUUCUCGGAGUAUGAAGAUGUUCUUCGGCAGAUGGUUUACAUUAAUCUGGAUCCAGCUUCUAACUUGCACCGGGAAUUCACUGUGAGUAUUUCCUUUCUUCGUUUUCUCUCCUACUUUCAGAUUCAAUGUUGAAUAAUAUUAUUAUUGAGUCUGCAGGUAAAACCGAUAAUGUACAUGUAACAACAUUUGUAUAAAACAUCUAACCUGAGUCAUAACCCACAGGUCUGUAGACAAAAUUCUUUGAUGUGGUAGACAGAGAGGUAUUUACCUAAAUUUUCUUGAAAUAGAAUAUUUGUGCAGCCUUGCAGUGAAAGUAAACACGCUCUCACUUCCUUGAGCAAUUUAUGACUACGUGAUGUGUAGAAUUUUCAGCCUUUCAAGUGAACCUUCUUUGGCAGUUCUUAGGGGUUUGGAUCAUCACCCACACCAAGCCCAUUUUCUCCAGUACCUCUCUCUAUCUGGCAGGGGUAUUUUGCAGAAUGCAAACAGCUGCCAAAUGCUGAAUGACUCUGAAGUUUAGUGGUAAGAGUUAGGAAACAGAGUUAAUCAAGUUUCAGAUCCGUUUUCCCAGAGUCAUUGGGCAUUCGGUGGCCAUUUGGCAUCCUACAUAAUACCCCUCCUGACCUCAACCUAGAGAAUUGACAAACUAGAGUUUUUAUCUCAAGAAUGACAAAAAGAUGUGGCUUGGAUUGUUUUCUUGCCAUUUUCAAGUCUGGGUUAUUCAGAAUUCAAAUAUUAAUUUGACCUUUGUUCCUCCACAGGUGAUGGUCUCAACAUUGAAAGGCAAAUGUGUGAGUGACAAGGAACAACUUAACCUCAACACCAUCUACUCAAACAGAGGGGUAGAGAAAUAUGAUGUCAAGUAUGCCAAGAGCAACCUAAAGGAAGAGGAGAUGGCUGGAGUUGUGUCAAUGGAGGGUGGUUUUGCUGGAGUCACAUCAAACAGCAUCUCUGCUGGAAUUAUGGCUUUGAUCAUUGUUUGCAGUCUGUCUAUUUUCAUCCUUCUUGUGGUGAUUGGCAUCUAUAAGUACAGACAGUAAGUUCGUGUUUUUCUAGAUUUUUAAGAACAUACUGUACUGUGAAAAAUACAUGAAUGAUCACAAAGACUCCACAACAACUGUUACAGCAUCUAUAGUUUUUAUCCUUGAUGUACUGAAGGCAAAGAACAGCUCUAUUAUUUGACAUACUGUAUAAGCUAUGGUAUUGCAGAAAAUCAUAUCUUGGUAGCUUUUAUUCAAAAAAUUAUUUAAAGAGCUUAAUCAUGGUUUCAUCAUCAUUGUUUUUAAGCUUGAAGUUAAUCUCUUCCAUUCUUUAUAGUUUACCAUGAACUUUAUAAUAUAAUACUUUGUGCUUAACCAAAGGAAUAUUUUUUUUAAGUUUCAUUUAAAUUAAAGAGCUUGAAAAAGGUCUGUUUGGAAGUCAUGGGUUUUACAUUUCCUUUUUGCAAGUAACUUUUAACCGUCAAAGCCCUAAGAGUGAUCAGCAUCAAAUUUCUCCUCGUAAUAUCAAUGCUUUGUAAAACAGAGUGGUCAUGAGUAUUACAGACAUGAUCACACAAGAUUCAUUUGCUUGACAUUUUAUCAACGUCUCCCCACUACUUCUGUAGGAAAGGAAUAGGGGCAACAAAGGAAAAUUCAAAUUUUGAUUUGAGGGUUAAAGGGUUAAAGCUCACUUGCCCAAUGAGCAAGGCUCUCAGCAGGUCAUGUUCUAAUAAGACAUGCAAGAAGUGGACAAGUCACUUUUAAGUCCUUUAAGUUACCAGUAAACUUCACCUUGGGAAUUGCACUGCACUGCACAGUCAGAAUCAAAUGUUAUGACAUCCAUUGAUGAAAAGGCUACUUUUAUGUUUUAUCUAUUGUGCUAAAUGUUCUGUCUUACUCUUGUAGAAAACCUGAAACUGUGAAAGUUGCUGCACCAGGCGACGACAAAGAAGAGAUGUACUGGGACGACACUGGUCUCAGUGGUGUGCGUAUUACGCUUAAUCCCAUGCAGAAAUUUCAGGAGCUUGAUCUGAAUGAAGACGGUGCGAACACAGACAAGUCUGACACAGAAGACGAGGAGGGCGGGGCCGCCAAGGGCUUGCUCGAGUGGGAUAAUUCUGAUAUGUAAACAGGAUCAAUUAAAGUUUCUGGGUAACUGACCAACCCCCUCCCCCACUCAGUCACAAUUUUGCCCAAAGUGAGAAGGAAGUGUUAAUGUUGACUUAGGGGAGGGGUAGGUGGUUAGUCAUCCACAAACCUCAGUUGAUCCUGUAAACAUCUGUACUGUGCCUCUGGUAGUUCUUUAAUGCUACAUUACAUGUGCGUCCAAUGUAGCAACUUUUUUUGCAGUUAUGGUACUAAAGUUAUUUCGUUGGAUUUAAAAUUUUGGUUGAGUGAACAUCAUACAAACUGCAAAGGGAAGCUAUUUCUUCUAGACAUAUUGGAUUUAUACAUCUAACCAUUCUUCAAUCAACUUUAUAGUACAACUUUUUUUUACCAUUUUUGGUUUGCCUUUACCUUUUUUUACACUAGGGCAAUUUUUUGUCCACUAUAUAUGCUUUAGUGUGUCAGUUUUUUGUAGAGUUUUUUUUUAGUUGAAAUUAUUUGUACGAGGGGUAAGGAUUUAUAAUACAAUAUGGAUUUAGGGAUGAUGUAUAGUUGAAAACUGGUGAUUUUUCUAAUGUUGUUUUUUGUUUUGAUGAAUUUUGUUAAUCUUUAUCUAAAUGUUGACAUGAAACAAAUGAAAAAGCCAAAAAAAAAAACGGUAUUAAAUAAACAUAGUAACCAAUUGCAAGUGUGAAGGAAGCCAUAAACAUCGUAAAAAUAAUAUUGUGAAAGCUGUAGUUACUAAUCCGAUUUGUAGACUGGAAAUAAUCCUGUGUUUGGAGUUCGUUCUACCUCUGGAAUUCCAGGAAAUUUGUUGGAAUUUUAAACCUUUUUUCCAGGGUCGUGAAAAAUUUGGGGAAUUUCAAAAUUUUGUUGGAUGGAUGUCGUAAAAGAUGCACGUGAGAGAAAGAGAAGCUGUUAGUUUUUUAA